GCCCCCAAGGCACACAAGGCCACGCCCCCUUCCCGGUCAUUCCCUGGGCGAAGUCCGUUCCAGGCUUCGGGGUGGGGCCAGAAGGGCGCAGGCGCAAUGCGCAGCGGAAGUAGCGACUCGGGAAAUUAGAAGGAAGGAAAGGGGCCUGCCUGCCGGGCUUCGCAAAGGGCACCGCGCUCCUCCUCCGUGGCUUCCUCCACCUCAGGGGAGCUCCGGGCGGCCGCACGUGCCUCCCUGCCCAGGCUCCUCCCCUUCCCUCCCCCUGCCCGGGAGCGGCCGCGGGCUGCUUUCCUCUCCUCCAGCCGAGAUGGCGCUCGACCCCUCAGAGCAGCAUCUCAGACAUGUCGAAAAGGAUGUUUUGAUCCCUAAAAUAAUGAGAGAGAAAGCCCGAGAGAGAUGUUCUGAACAAGUUCAAGAUUUUACCAAAUGUUGCAAGGACUCUGGAAUCCUUAUGGUAGUAAAAUGCCGAAAAGAAAAUUCUGCAUUGAAAGAAUGUCUAACUGCUCAUUAUAAUGAUCCAGCCUUUUAUGAAGAAUGCAAAAUGGAAUACCUGAAGGAAAGGGAAGAAUUCAGAAAAACUGGAAUUCCUACCAAGAAAAGGCUACAGAAGCUUCCCACAAGCAUGUAGGCAAAUAUUCAACGAUACUCAAGAGCUCUGAUAUUCAUGGAAAUCAUUAUCACCUGAAAUAAUGGACUCAAGGAAGUGUUUGCUUUAUCCUAAAUGAUGGAAAUAUUAUCUGAAAUAAAGAUUUUUUUUUUUUUAA